CAUCGUCAUGGUAGCAAAAGCAAAGUUGAAACAGUAUUUCAUCGCUCAGUCUGGGUGUGUUAGAAAACGUGGUAAAUGCUGGACCAGGAGGUGUCAAUUUUGACACGGCAAUGAUCAGACCACUUGACACAAAAAAGGCACAAAAACUCCAGCACAAGAAAGUGUUGAUUUCAUAACUGACCCCAUGGAGAUGGUAGUAGCAACAAACGCCACCAACAAUGACUCCGACACCUGUACCAACCUGUAUGACCAUCGUGGUUGGGCAAAGUAUUUUCUGCCUGCAGUAUAUUCUCUGAUGUGCAUUGUGGGACUGCUGGGCAAUGUGUUGGCUUUGCAUGUCAUUUGGCCCAAUUUAAAAAAAAUCAACUCCACAACUCUGUAUUCAGCCAACCUGGUGGUGUCGGACAUCUUAUUUUCACUUGCUCUGCCCUUGCGUGCCGUUUACUAUGGCCAGGGGUUCCACUGGCCAAUGGGGGAGGGUUUGUGUAAGGCCGUGGCGCUGCUGUUCUACAUCAACAUGUAUGCCAGCGUCAACUUCAUGACUUGUUUGAGUGUGGACCGCUUCAUUGCAGUGGUGCUGCCGCUGCGCUUUUCCCGAUUCCGAAAGGUUCAGAAGGUGCGGUACAUCUGUGCUGCCGUAUGGGUGGUUGUGUUGAUGCAGACCCUGCCUUUGCUGUCAAUGCCCAUGACGAACGAGGAGCAAAGUGGUCAUAUAACAUGUAUGGAGUAUCCCAACUUCGAGAAGACUGACCACCUGCCUGUCAUUCUCAUUGGAGCCGUGUUGAUUGGCUUCGGCAUCCCUGUGAUCACCAUCCUGAUGUGUUAUUCAGCACUGUGCUCCAAGCUCCGCCUCCUGGCCAAGUCUAAUAAACUGACAGAGAAGUCGGGUCGUAGUCGUAAAGCCAUUGGCGUGAUUUGCGCCGUCAUUCUCGUAUUUGUGGUGUGCUACACCCCAUAUCACGUCGACCUCUUGCAGUACAUGAUCAGAAAGCUGCUGUACAAGCCAGACUGUUCAGAACUGCAUGACUUUCAGAUCUCCCUUCACAUCACCGUCUGCCUUAUGAACCUCAACUCAUGCCUGGAUCCCUUCAUCUACUUCUUUGCUUGCAAGGGAUACAAGAAAAAGGUUCUCAGACUGCUCAGGAAGCAAGUCAGCAUAUCCCUCUCGAGUGUGGUCAGGACCUCGCCUGAAGGCUCCUCCAAAGACGUGUUUGGGAAUGACAAAAUCCAAAAGAGCUCCAGAAGCAAUCAGAAAGAGAGAAGCAGCGUGCUGUUGAGCAACAGCAAUGGUUUUGACCCAUAAUCAAGAACCGAAGUUCACUGACUAUUUGAGAUUUUCCAAAUUUCUCACCUCUGGAUUAUUUUACAGUGUUUCAAGCCAUUGGUUCAAAUGGUGGUUUAUAUUUUGUUAUGCUGUUUAAAGAUUAUUGCACAUUUGUCUUACAUACUGUUGUUCAUUUGAUUGCUAGAAUGUGUUCUUCGGUUUUUAUAAUUGAUCUUUAUAAUAAAAAAAACAAUAAUUAAUAGCCAAAAUGACAAAUAUUUACAUGCAGUGACAUGAUGUGUUACAGCGGUCUAGAAUCAAGAAAUGAUGCUUGUGGUGAUUUCAAUGUAGCCAAUGACUGAAAUCUUCUGAUUCCAUUGACAAGAAAAGAUUAAAUUACUUGAGUCUUUAUUGACCCUUUUGAUCCUUAAUCAAUACAACACUGGGAUGUGACCAGUGAGUCAUUAAAUGACUCUUUUUGUCUUAACUGAAGUCGCUCCCUUUAUAGGUACAGUAUGUUAAGGGUCUGCUAUUUUUACCUGCCGUCAAAGAGUAUAGCACAAGCAAGUGGCAUUAUAAUGCGUGAGCAAGAUCAUGCCCAAAACCCCCUUAAGAAUAUGUAGCGAGCUGCCUUACUGGAAAGAGUCACUCUUUUUUCUCAAUGGCUCCUUAUGCAUCAUAGUAGUGUCUCAGGAUGAUAAACUUAACAAUCAUGCUGACAAUCAACGGUGUCAUCAUCCAUUUAAAUCGUCUAGAUGAGCUUCCACAGCACACAACAAGCCUUAAAUCGAUCAUUUCUCAUUUGAUGUUAUUUAAUUUUGACCAAAUGUAUGUUGACAUGGACACUUUUUGUUUUAUUUGUAAAUAAUAAAAGCAAAAACUAAAUAAAGUGACCGGAUUUAUGUGUUAUCCAUUGCAACAAUCAAGCUAAGAACAUACUAGAUAAUGGAAGAGUUACAAAAUGUACCUUGAAAUGAAAUAAAAUGUAACAUUUUUAUGUG